CGCGAUAGGAGGCAGCAGCUGGCCUCCCACCCACCCUAAAAAUAAUCCACCCGCCGGCUGUCCGACCGACCGGGGAGGAAAACUUGCUGUCCCAUGGAGCGCGCGAGCUCCUCGGCUUGCUACAGAGCGAUCACCGACCGCUUUGAAGAGUCACCGGCUGAGUCCGGUGCACUGGUUUGAAAUAUACUUCUUCAGACUGUGGGCAGGCGUUUGGAAGGUAGCUCGAGUGGCCGGUAGGGGGACUGAGUACAGGAGCCAAACUCAAGGUGAUUCCGGAGCCUGGGAUUGGCUGGAACUGUCAGUGGGUCACAACUGACAUUUUCAACUAGGUGGGCAGGCUAAUCAAAUAAGAAGAAAUGAGCCUUUCAUUCUGUGGGAACAACAUCUCCUCAUAUAACAUCUAUUAUGGUGUUCUCCAAAACCCCUGCUUUGUGGAUGCGCUCAACCUGGUCCCUCAUGUCUUCCUUUUAUUUAUCACCUUCCCGAUACUGUUCAUUGGGUGGGGGAGCCAAAGCUCAAAGGUGCAAAUUCAUCACAACACAUGGCUUCAUUUUCCCGGGCACAACCUGAGAUGGAUUCUGACGUUCGCACUCCUGUUUGUCCAUGUCUGUGAAAUAGCAGAAGGCAUUGUUUCAGACUCGAGGCGGGCAUCCAGGCACCUCCACCUUUUCAUGCCGGCCGUGAUGGGAUUUAUUGCCACCACAACGUCCAUCGUGUAUUAUCAUAACAUCGAAACAUCCAAUUUCCCAAAAUUGCUUUUAGCUUUAUUCCUAUAUUGGGUGAUGGCCUUUAUCACAAAGACAAUAAAGUUGGUCAAAUACUGGCAGUUGGGGUGGGGAGUGUCAGAUCUGCGCUUCUGCAUCACAGGAGUGAUGGUAAUCUUGAAUGGGCUGCUGAUGGCUGUGGAGAUCAACGUCAUCCGGGUCAGAAGAUAUGUUUUCUUCAUGAAUCCUCAGAAAGUGAAGCCUCCCGAAGACCUCCAGGACCUGGGUGUGAGGUUCCUCCAGCCAUUUGUGAAUUUACUCUCCAAAGCAACGUACUGGUGGAUGAACACGCUAAUCAUAUCUGCUCACAGGAAGCCUAUUGAUCUGAAGGCGAUUGGGAAGUUGCCGAUUGCAAUGAGGGCGGUGACAAAUUAUGUUUGCCUGAAGGAUGCCUAUGAAGAACAAAAGAAAAAAGUUGCAGACCAUCCGAAUCGAACCCCAUCCAUAUGGCUGGCCAUGUACAGAGCUUUUGGGAGACCAAUCUUACUGAGCAGCACGUUCCGAUACUUAGCUGACUUGCUGGGGUUUGCUGGUCCUCUCUGUAUUUCUGGAAUAGUCCAGAGUGUGAAUGAAACCAAGAACAAGACAAACAGCACAGCAGGAAUUUCAGAGACGCUCUCAUCGAAGGAAUUCCUGGACAACGCCUACGUGCUGGCAGUCCUGCUCUUCCUGGCCCUUAUCCUGCAAAGGACGUUUCUGCAGGCGUCCUACUAUGUGACCAUAGAGACUGGCAUCAACCUCCGCGGGGCGCUGCUGGCUAUGAUAUACAAUAAAAUCCUUCGGCUCUCCACUUCCAACCUAUCCAUGGGUGAGAUGACCCUGGGACAGAUCAACAACUUGGUUGCCAUAGAAACCAAUCAGCUCAUGUGGUUCUUGUUCCUGUGUCCCAAUCUGUGGGCCAUGCCUGUUCAGAUCAUAAUGGGAGUAAUCCUGCUGUAUAAUUUGCUUGGAUCAAGUGCGCUGGUUGGUGCUGCUGUCAUUGUGCUUCUUGCUCCAAUUCAGUACUUCAUCGCAACGAAGCUAGCCGAGGCGCAGAAGAGCACGCUGGAUUAUUCCACCGAGAGGCUGAAAAAGACCAAUGAGAUACUGAAAGGCAUCAAGCUCCUUAAGCUCUAUGCCUGGGAGCACAUUUUCUGCAAAAGUGUGAAGGAGACAAGAAUGAAGGAACUCUCCAGCCUCAAAACCUUCGCGCUCUACACAUCCCUCUCCAUCUUCAUGAAUGCAGCAAUUCCCAUCGCGGCUGUUCUUGCAACGUUUGUGACGCAUGCGUAUGCCAGUGGAAACAACCUGAAGCCUGCAGAGGCCUUUGCCUCCCUGUCUCUCUUCCAUAUCCUGGUCACACCCCUCUUCCUGCUGUCCACAGUGGUCAGAUUUGCGGUCAAAGCCAUCAUCAGUGUUCAAAAGUUGAAUGAGUUUCUCUUGAGUGAUGAGAUUGGUGAGGACAGCUGGAGGACUGGGGAGGGCACACUGCCUUUUGAGUCCUGCAAGAAGCACACUGGAGUGCAAUCAAAACCAAUAAACAGGAAGCAGCCUGGAAGAUACCACCUGGACAACUACGAGCAACCACGUCGUCUUCGGCCGCCAGAGACAGAGGAUAUCGCAAUAAAGGUGACGAAUGGAUACUUUUCAUGGGGCAGUGGUUUAGCUACGUUAUCCAAUAUUGACAUUCGAAUUCCAACAGGUCAGUUAACCAUGAUCGUGGGCCAAGUGGGGUGUGGGAAAUCAUCUCUUCUCCUUGCCAUCCUUGGUGAGAUGCAGACCCUGGAAGGAAAAGUUUACUGGAGCAAUGUAAAUGAAUCUGAGCCUUCCUUUGAAGCAACCCGAAGCAGGAGCAGGUAUUCUGUGGCUUAUGCUGCCCAGAAGCCCUGGCUUCUAAAUGCUACAGUCGAGGAAAACAUCACUUUUGGAAGUCCUUUCAACAGACAGAGGUACAAAGCUGUUACCGACGCCUGCUCUCUUCAGCCCGAUAUUGAUUUGCUACCGUUCGGAGACCAAACUGAAAUUGGAGAGAGGGGCAUCAACCUGAGUGGGGGCCAGAGGCAAAGGAUCUGUGUGGCCCGGGCGCUCUACCAAAACACCAACAUUGUCUUCUUGGACGACCCCUUCUCUGCCCUGGAUAUCCACCUGAGUGAUCACCUGAUGCAGGAAGGAAUUCUGAAGUUCCUCCAGGAUGACAAGAGGACUGUUGUCCUUGUGACUCACAAGUUGCAGUACCUGACCCACGCGGACUGGAUCAUAGCUAUGAAGGACGGGAGUGUGCUACGAGAAGGGACUUUGAAAGACAUUCAGACCAAGGACGUGGAGCUUUACGAGCACUGGAAAACUCUCAUGAAUCGACAAGAUCAAGAACUGGAGAAGGACAUGGAAGCAGACCAAACGACAUUAGAGAGAAAGACUCUCCGAAGAGCCAUGUACUCAAGAGAGGCCAAAGCACAGAUGGAGGAUGAAGAUGAAGAGGAAGAGGAGGAGGAAGACGAGGAUGAUAACAUGUCAACUGUGAUGAGGCUUAGGACGAAGAUGCCCUGGAAGACCUGCUGGUGGUACCUCACUUCAGGAGGGUUCUUCUUACUCUUCCUCAUGAUCUUCUCUAAGCUUCUGAAGCACUCAGUGAUUGUGGCGAUAGACUACUGGCUGGCUACGUGGACAUCCGAAUACAGCAUAAACCACACCGGGAAAGCUGACCAGACGUUCUACGUGGCUGGAUUUAGCAUUCUCUGCGGAGUCGGCAUCUUCCUUUGCCUUGUCACCUCCCUCACGGUAGAAUGGAUGGGUCUCACAGCUGCCAAGAACCUCCACUACAAUCUCCUGAAUAAGAUAAUCCUAGGACCAAUAAGGUUCUUUGAUACCACACCCCUGGGACUGAUUCUCAAUCGGUUUUCUGCAGAUACUAAUAUCAUUGACCAGCACAUCCCUCCAACCUUGGAAUCGCUGACUCGCUCCACCCUGCUCUGCUUGUCGGCUAUCGGGAUGAUCUCCUAUGCCACGCCUGUGUUCCUUGUCGCCCUGGUGCCCCUUGGUGUCGCCUUUUAUUUCAUCCAGAAAUACUUCCGAGUUGCUUCUAAGGAUCUCCAGGAACUUGAUGACAGCACCCAGCUCCCCCUACUUUGCCACUUCUCAGAAACAGCUGAAGGACUCACCACUAUCCGGGCCUUCAGGCAUGAAACCAGAUUCAAGCAACGCAUGCUAGAGCUGACAGACACAAACAACAUUGCCUACUUAUUUCUCUCAGCUGCCAACAGAUGGCUGGAGGUCAGGACGGACUACCUGGGAGCCUGCAUUGUCCUCACGGCCUCCAUCGCAUCCAUCAGUAGCGGGUCUUCCAACUCUGGACUGGUGGGCUUGGGCCUUCUGUACGCCCUCACGAUAACCAAUUAUUUGAAUUGGGUUGUGAGGAACUUGGCUGACCUGGAGGUCCAGAUGGGCGCAGUGAAGAAAGUGAACAGUUUCUUGACUAUGGAAUCUGAGAACUACGAAGGCACCAUGGAUCCCUCCCAAGUCCCAGAGCAUUGGCCACAGGAAGGCGAGAUCAGGAUUCAUGAUCUAUGUGUCAGAUAUGAAAAUAACCUGAAGCCUGUUCUGAAACACGUCAAGGCUUACAUCAAACCUGGGCAGAAGGUGGGCAUUUGUGGUCGUACUGGAAGUGGGAAGUCGUCUUUAUCUCUGGCGUUCUUCAGAAUGGUCGACAUAUUCGAUGGAAAGAUAGUCAUUGAUGGGAUAGAUAUUUCCAAACUGCCCCUGCACACACUACGCUCUAGACUGUCCAUCAUUCUCCAAGACCCGAUCCUGUUCAGCGGCUCUAUCAGGUUCAACUUGGAUCCUGAGUGCAAGUGCACAGACGACAGGCUGUGGGAGGCUCUGGAAAUCGCCCAGCUGAAGAAUAUGGUGAAAUCUCUGCCAGGAGGCCUAGAUGCCACUGUCACUGAAGGUGGGGAAAACUUCAGCGUCGGGCAGAGGCAGCUGUUCUGCUUGGCCAGGGCCUUCGUGCGAAAAAGCAGUAUACUCAUCAUGGACGAGGCCACAGCUUCCAUUGACAUGGCCACGGAAAACAUUUUGCAGAAGGUGGUAAUGACAGCCUUUGCGGACCGCACAGUCGUGACCAUAGCCCACCGAGUCCAUACCAUUUUGACGGCAGACCUGGUUAUCGUGAUGAAGCGAGGAAAUAUUUUGGAAUAUGACACUCCAGAAAGCCUCUUGGCCCAGGAAGAUGGGGUGUUUGCCUCGUUCGUUCGUGCGGACAUGUGAGGGGAUGCCCUUGCAGUACUGCUCAGAUUCAAGCGCCUGCAGUCAGCCCACUGAGGGAGCCUCACCUUGGCCUUCAUAGGGCGGCGCCUUAAGCUUCAGCGGAUUUCUGUAUGGAAAGCUGAGGUCUCUGUUUCAUGCUUGGUGUAGUAGUUUCCCGAGAUACACUUCUUUUAGGUUCAUCAGUGGCUUAUUUUUCUAAUGACCAGGCCAGGUUAGAAUAGUAGGCUAGGUUAACACAUGCAAGCUACCACAAGAGGAGUCAGUUUGAGUUAAGCCUGCUCAAUGUCUAUCACACAUGGGAGCUGAGGUGAGUCCUCUGUAUAACCACACUGCCUGGGAAGGCUAACUUUGCCUCACUGUUGGGUGCCCAUGUAGGAAGAGAGUAAAAUAAAAAAUUCAUUUUCUAAUGAAAUACUCAAGGUCAUGAUCAACCUUAGAAGAGUAUUUUCUAUGCUUUUAACAUUAGUAAUACUGUUUUUUUUUAAUUUUUUUCCUUUAAGUAAUUUCCUGUCACCAAAAAUGAUCACAUUUUUGGCACCUCUGUAAAGCCAGCCUCUUCCAAGAGAAAGAUCACAGCAAGGGGUUGAGUAUUUGAAAACUUUAUACAUGUCUCUAAUUUCCUCUGUCCAAUAAGGAGAAAGUUCAAGUUAGCGUCCAUCCUUCAGUGAUGGGUCAGUGAAGCUUUCUGGAGUUUAGUUCUUUAUCAGCCAGGGAAUGACUCUGAACCCUGAAAUGCUAUUCAGGACUCAAAAAAUCUAGGUAAAUGGCCUUCUCUCUCUCUCUCUCUCUCUCUCUCUCUCUCUCUCUCUCUCUCUCUCUCUCUGUAUCUAUCUAU